AUGCGCGAGCCGUGGGAAACGCCGAGAAUGCGCUGGGUGCCUGGAGACAAGCGCCGGGCAGGUAUAAAUGCGCCGCUGCCGGCGGCCGCGAGUCAGUUUGUAGAAGAAGUUAGUAGAAGUCACCUUAUCUGGGUUAACGAAUUCAACAGCAGCCUGUAUGUCACCGUGCGCAUUUCUAAGACUCGAAGCGGUGUUAUAGACUCGGCAGGGUCAAUAACCGGUCAGACGUCAGGGGGAAGUUCCCUAAGUCCUGUCACCAGUAUGGCAUUGGGAGGACUGACAGGCUCACCACUCAAUACAAUGGCUUCCAUCAAUGGUCUGGGUACUGCGGGAAUUGCACACAAUGGUACUAGUCUUGAAGCCUUAACGUCAGCUUACUCAGGCAUUCAACAGUACACAGGUUUUCCAUCAUUUGGAGGAAGUAGCCAUACAUCUGCUGGUGCUGGUUUAAAUAGCUCCUCUGGUUCAAGUGGACCAGCAGGGAAGCAAAUAGAAGGUCCAGAAGGAGCUAAUCUUUUUAUUUACCAUCUGCCUCAAGAGUUUAGCGACAACGAUCUGGCUUCGACGUUUCUUCCCUUUGGAAACGUUGUGUCAGCAAAAGUGUUCAUUGAUAAGCAGACUAAUCUCUCCAAAUGUUUUGUAUUGCGGAAGGAAGCAAGCAAGGAAGGAAGCAAAGGAAGGAAGCAAGGAAGCAAGCAAGGAAGGAAGCAAGGAAGCAAGCAAGGAAGGAAGCAAGCAAAGAAGGAAGGAAGCAAGGAAGGAAGGAAGCAAGCAAGGAAGGAAGGAAGCAAGGAAGGAAGGAAGCAAGGAAGGAAGCAAACAAGGAAGCAAGCAAGGAAGCAAGCAAGCAAGGAAGCAAGCAAGCAAGGAAGCAAGCAAGCAAGGAAGCAAGGGAGCAAGGAAGCAAGGGAGCAAGCAAGCAAGGGAGCAAGCAAGCAAGGGAGCAAGCAAGCAAGGGAGCAAGCAAGCAAGGGAGCAAGGAAGCAAGGGAGCAAGGAAGGAAGCAAGCAAGGAAGGAAGGAAGCAAGCAAGCAAGCAAGCAAGGACGGAAGGGGAUUCGUUUCAUAUGAUAAUCCAGUCAGUGCACAAGCUGCAAUACAAGCCAUGAAUGGUUUCCAGAUAGGUACCAAACGAUUAAAAGUGCAACUGAAGCGUUCAAAGGAGGCGUCCAGGCCGUAUUAAUGUUGGCAGGGAGAAGGUGUGCAUCCUGUGAUUUCAACCUGGACCGUCCGUUAUCUCAUAUGAAAAAUUAAAUCAACUGAAAUGUGUUGUGCUAAAUUCUGAUGACCAAAAACUAAUUUGGCUGAUUGCCUGAGCAUUUGUGGAAUUGUUUAAUAUUUUGUUUCUAAUAUAACACUGUAGCAGCAGCUUUUCAUAUUGUUACAAAGAAAUAGAUAUACCAUAUCAGCACACAUAAUUUGUGUGUAAUGAAGUGUAAGUAAACAAAGAAUCAAAUUAUAAAAAUAUCAUGAUAAUAUACAUGUAUAUGAGAAAAUAUGCAUGUUUAUUCAUGUAUAUAUGGAUGAAUGAGUGAAGUUUGUAUGCAUACAUGCAUAUAAGAAUUAGUUGUUUGGGCUGGUAUUCACAAGUGAAUGCAGCAUUCUACUGUGUCUUUUGCCAACUAAUCCCAUUUGUCUGAAUAUGCUGUGUAUGUAUAAAACUAGUGAUGUAAAAAUGCAGAUGUGUUUUACAGUGGCAUAAGAGAAAAUAAUUUUAUAUUAACUAUAGUGAACACCUGUAUACUAUAAAAAGAACUGAGAAUUUUGAAGCAAUUGACUAUAGAAUGCAGGUUAAUGUAUUGUUCCCGUAGUUCACUGUCAGAGAUUGUUUUUUGGCCAUUAACAUUCUUGUUUAAUGACUGAUAUAUCCUUCCCAUUGGUAUUUUCAUAGUAACUUUGUACUAUUUGCAGAAGAUAUUUGAAGUUAUGUAUCUUUCUUAGGGGAGAACAUCACUGAUUUUUGAAAGAAUCUUGACAUGUUAAUAAAAUGCAAGUGCAGCUUCUGUCUUUAAAAAGAACAUUUUGAUGAUAGUGUUAAAUCCAAGUCAAGUUAGAAAACAACUAGAGCUAUUUAUGAAUAAUUAAAAAAGUUAUAAAAAUAUAUUUGCUAUGAACUGUUGAAGAAUUUAAGUGAACUUAAAUAUCUCAAAAUAUAUAUUGAAGUUUGGAUGCCUGUUGAGAAGAAAUAAAUCAUAUUUUCAAUUUCAACCAAAGGUGUAUGUUGUAAUAAAUGUUAAUUUUCUAUAGUUUUUCAAGCAACUUCUUUUGAAUAUUCUGUGUUUUCAAAACUAUAUUUAUUGAUUUUUAAUUGUAUACAAGAUGUCUCUUGGUAAUUUCAGUGAAUUUUGUGCAAGAAAUUACAUAUGAAUGUUUAUGCAGUAUAUGUUGAAGGACAGUUAACUGCAAUUUUCGUAAACAGAAAGUACUAGAAUAUUCUGUCAUGCGAAAUGCCUGUGCUCUUCCCUCUGAUGUAACUUUAUGUGCACUCCUCAUCUCCCCAGAGAUCACUUUUAUUCAAUUUGUUGAAUUUCAGUUUAUUUUUGUCACAGAAGUUAUUGCUGUGAUUCUAAUUUUGUGCCAAUUUUAAAAAUAAUUCAUGAUAAUUUUGUAUGUUUUGUCAAUCAGUUUAUCACUCUCUUUUCUUUCUCUCUUUCUUUCUUUCUUUCUUUCUUUCUUUCUUUCUCUUUUCAUUCCUUUCCUUCUUUCUUUCCAUUCUUUCUUUUUGUGUUUGUUUGUACAUUCUUUGCCUUCAUUUGCAGACUGCAGUUAUUGAGUGUAGAUAGGUUUUCAUAGUGGCAUCUUGUUUUCAGUAAAUAUAUCACUUUGAAUUGUCAAAAGCUAAUUUGUGCCAAGUUUUUAAAAUGUUCAUAAUUUUUUUAAUAAAAAAAUUCUCUCUGAACUUCGGUACUUUCAUGAUUUUAGUUGUGGGUUGCUGAUAUUGAUUGUAGAUAGGUUUCCUUAAUGCCACUACGUUUUCAGUUUUUCUAUUUUAUGUUAUUAUUACUGUUUGUAAUCUAAGCAUUGUGAUUGAUUCACAGUUAUGUACCUAGUCCAUAUAACUGUGUCAUCAUCUGUUGCAUGAUAGUUGUUGUUGAUUGUUUUGCACUGUGCUAGAGCACAAAGAGAUAUUGAUGGUUUUAAUACCAACUAUGUUACCAAGUCUAUGUACAGAAAACAUGCCGUUUCCUAGUCCCACUGUGAGUGCACUUGAAAAAGUGUUUUGUUGAUGUCAAAGGGAUAUGUCAUGAAGAAUGUUUAUACUAUUGGUCGAGUGUUUAACAAUGCAUGUCAUCAUUGUAAGCUCUUAAUGAGUGACGUCAAAGAACUGAGACAUUCAAAGAAGUGGCGAUCAAACUAUUUCUUAUGAUAAAGUCGAAAUGUUAGUUACCGAAUAUUGUGAAUUGUAAUUGAUUACUACUGUAACCAAAGAUGUGUCUUAAAUGUUUGAGUUGAGUAUGUCAUGUUUGUCUUAAUAGUCCACCAGUGUUCUGUUGUGUAAUUGAUAAUAUUGUACUUAGGGAGGUGGAUCAUCUAUCAACAUGUCUUACCAUGUUUGGGAGGGGAAAAUGAUUUCUUGAUAAGUGAGUUUAUUUGCUUUUUGUGUUAAAUUAAUGCUCAUUCAAGUCCAAAGGAAUUCAAAGUAAAUUCUCUUUUUUGAUUUUUAAAUCUGAUGAUAAGUUUAAUUGUGAUGGUAUAGUUUAUUAUAAUAUCUUAUUUUUAUUCAAUAGUAACUUGAACCAAAAUAUACAAAUAUAUAUUUUUAAAUUUGUAUGAAAACAUGAAUGGUUCAAAGUAGAAAUUAAAUAGUGAAGUAUGUUUUGCCUUGAAUAUGUCAUAUGCAAGAGAAUAGACUGGUGUUACUUUUUUAAGAACUUGUGGGGUGUUCAAGAUGUUUUAGUUGUUUGAUUGUAUUGGUUCAGUUUAUUGUAGAAAAAAAUUGUUAAUGUAGAUUCAUCAUAGAAAGUGUUAAAUAUGUUUCUGUUUUAUGUUAACUUUUAUUGUUUUCUGUAUUUGCAUUAUGGUGCAGAAAGGAGAAUUGCCAUCCAUUUAAUUAAUUUUUGUUCUUUUUGUCAUCCUUUUCUUUGUUUAAUGACAGAAAGUUUCAAAUGACACAAUGAAAACAAGUUACAGUGUCAUGGAUGACAAUAAUUUGGUUUGUUUUAUGCACUUGACAGUUAAGGUGUAAGUUCAAGGCAUUUCUAAUAAGAAAAACUCAUAUUACUGUGAAUUGAUGCAAGGUGAACCUCUUGUAAUUAAAUGUUCCUUAAUGUGUUUUGAAAUUGUCUUGUUUAUGGUGUUAUACUAGUAUGUGUUUGAAAACAUUUAUAAUUUGGGAUUAAUAUUUGCAAUAUUUGUUGAUAUGUGGGUAUAUUUAUGUUCAAAACAAGUUUUAAAUUUAUUUAUUUUUAAAAUAAGGUUAUUUUUACAAGUUUUAGAUGUAACAAUUUGCAUUGGAAUGCAGAAUGCCAGCCAUGCAAAUGUCAUAUUUCCUUUAGUGCUGAUACAGUACAAGAAAUAUUUAAUUUGUAAUUAGGCCAGUAAUUGUUGCCAAAUGUUUGAUUUGUACUGUGUAAACAUCAGUUGUUAGACAGUUUUGUGUUUCAAAAUAGUUUCUGUUAUUUUUGUGCAUGUGAGCCUACUUUUCUUUUGUUAUUUUUGUUGGUAUCAGACCAGAUAAGGUAUUAUUGUAUAUGAAUAUUUCAUCAGCUGUUUCCAUAAGGUAUCAGUUAAAAAACCAGUUUGUACUAUAUUGAGAUGGUCAUUCAAGCAUUUGUCAAGAUGCAGAUUAUUUCUUGUUAUUAAUUUUUCUCAAGUAGUAAGUGUGUUGUUACAUUUAACCUUCACAUGAUUUGUUGAUGUUUUUGCACACAGCUGAUGUGAAUGGUCUACAAAAAAUCUCAGGAACAAAACUGUAGCGCCACCAUGUUUGUUUCUGUCCACGUGAAAAUUUUUACCCUGACUCGCUAAGUAGCUCAUGUGAGUGAGUCUUGUCAACUUGUAAAUUCUGUCUUAACUGUUUGAUAUAAUGAGAAUGUGCUCACAAUUUGCAAACAUGAAUGUUUAUGUAAACUUUAAAGAAGUGUAGAUGGAAAUAUUUAGUUUUUAAAAAUAUCCACUGUGAAAAAUAAAUAAAAAUUAAAUUUAUACCAUUAUAUACCCAAAUAAUUAGCAUUCAAUAUUAAGGUUAUCAGAAAAAAUCAGUGUAUUGUAAGAAACGCAUGGGGAAAUUAAAGUGAACCUAUUUUGAA